AUGGGAGAAUCAGUUGAAUCGAAGCGAAGCAAUCAAGCUGCACCAAAUAAAAUUUCACAAUAUAAGGAUACAUCUCUCGCAAACUGGGAACAAAUGUCAGCUGGUCGUUUUGAAUUUCAAGAAUCUAAUCGCAUGGAGAAUGAUAAUACUGAUCAUGAAAAAAUGAAAUAUCUAUUAGAAUUGCCACUUAUCGAUGCACAAAUCAUUAUGGACAAAAAUUUUCUCAGAGAUACAUUUGAAAAUAAUUGGAAAAAGGCAAAAUAA